UAUACUGUUAGGUUUGUCAUUUUGUUUCAGCCUCUAGUUUCAAGUCUCGAUAUCGUGCAAAUAUGUAAACACCAUCUUAUGUUGGCUUUAGUUCAAAACAAAAGAUAUUUUGAUUUAUUCGGAAGCUAACUUGCCGAUUGAAAACACGCUUGUUAUGAAGCUUGUCAAAUAUCACGUCACGCAAUGUUUGCAACGAAGUCGCGAUGUUUCUGGAGACGAAGAGGCCUAUGUUCUGAUAUUUGAAGUUGCACGUGAAAAAUUUGCACUGGGUUUCACCGAAGACACUGUUACUGGGCUGAUCAACAAAAAAUUACCGAAAGAGCUUCUGUUGAGAGUCUUUUCAUAUCUCGAUGUAGUCAGUCUAUGUCGCUCGGCACAGGUCUCCAAGGCCUGGAAUGUCCUUGCUCUCGAUGGCAGCAAUUGGCAGAGAGUGGAUCUGUUUGACUUUCAAAAGGAUAUAAAGGGUCCGGUCAUACAGAGCUUGUCAAGACGAUGUGGAGGGUUUCUGAAGCGGCUAAACCUACAAGGAUGCCAAAGUAUUGAAGAUGAUGCCUUGCGAACGUUUGCCCAUCAAUGCAAGAACAUAGAAGAGCUGAUUCUGCGUGACUGUAAUCGUUUAACCAAUAGAACUUGUGAAAGCCUGAGCAAAUAUUCGAGUAGACUGCAACUAUUGGAUAUCGAGUCAUGCAUCGAAAUAGACGACAACGGACUUUUAAAACUAGGGGAAGGCUGUCAAAAACUACGUUAUCUCAAUAUGUCAUGGUGUAGAAGGAUAUCAUCGGAUGGUUUACGUGCCAUUGCUAAUGGGUGUCCGAUGCUCACAAUACUCCUCCUAAGAGGCUGCACUAACAUUCGGGACGAAGGUUUGCAAAGCGUAGCAAGAUCUUGCAAUGGAUUGAAGAAAUUAGUUAUUCAAAGCUGUAUGAAUAUAACCGAUGCAGGGAUGAAAACUGUCAGCGAGAUGUGCAAAGAGCUAGACUUCAUAAGUUUAUCUGGCUGUGAUAACCUGACAGAUUCAACGUUAAAGUUCCUUGGAGAAGGUUGCCCGGAGUUAAAGACGUUGGAAGCCGCCCGAUGCUCACAGUUCACCGACUCUGGCUUUCUAUCGCUUACCAGGGGCUGUCACGAAUUGCAGAGGAUGGACCUUGAAGAAUGCGUUCUUAUAACUGAUAGCACAUUAAACUCUCUUUCAUACAACUGUCCUAGGAUUCAAACAUUGACUCUGUCGCAUUGUGAGCAAAUAACGGAUGAAGGAAUUCGGCAUUUAGGUGGCGGACAGUGCGCUAUAGAACACUUAGAAGUUAUUGAAUUGGAUAACUGUCCUCAAAUUACUGAUGUUUCACUAGAUCAUCUUAUGCACUGUCAAGCACUAAAAAGAAUUGAGCUUUAUGAUUGCCAUCUGAUUACAAGAAGUGGUAUCAGACGAUUGAAGGCUCGAUUACCUGACGUAAGGGUUCAAGCGUAUUUUGCGCCUGUCACUCCACCUCCCAACGCUGGGAAUGGCCGACAACGAGUUUGCAGAUGCUGCCGUAUUUUAUGACAAGACUGUUGGCCAUUUAUAAACUAAAGAUCUUAUAAAGUCGUGAAUUUAUUGUAUAUACGUUCUUAUCCUUUCUGAAGGCUUAUGCACAGCUGAGGAGCUUUUUUCUCAACCACAAACAACCAGGAGAAAUUCAGGCAUUGUAGACGUGAUAUCAGCCAUGGGCAUUAAAAUAGAUUGACGCCUCCCCAUUCCUCCUUUGCUUACUUGAAAACCGUUUCAUCGAACUCUGUGCACAUAGCAUUAUUAUCAUUAGAAGGUCUAGUGCUUUCAAUCAGCAUAUUAUAUCACAAUCAAGACCAACAUCUUGAAACCGAUACUUUGAUGAGACCAGCAAAUUCCUCAUUGCCGCUAUAUCAUUGUUCAUAGUGUCAUGGUCAUAGUCAGUUCUGCUUUUCAUUUCAUUAUUGCAAUGUUAUAAUUGAAGAAAGUAGGGAUAGUGUAUGUCCUUCGUUGAUGUAAGUUUAUGUCCAAUGCUGCAAAAGAGUACUUCUUGCUAGGUCAAUGCCAUAGGUCUUGUGACCAUGGAGGCUUGUUCUCAAAAAAUUCGAAAAAAUUUCGGUAUUAUUUUCACCUUACAUAUGCCCUUUUUCAGAUUUUAAAAAAUUUUUGGUGGAAAUUCAGACUUGCAUCUCUAUUUAUAAACAAAAAAUCUACAUAAAGUGACCAUGUUAUAGAGUAAACUUUUAAAUGCACCACUGCCUGCCUAGUCAUUUGGUAGUUCUUGGAACGAAUCGUACUGUUCUUAGAAGCCUGUAAAUGUUAUCUUCCUGAUUUUAGAUACCAAAGUAAAUACUAAGCUCUGUAUUCUCUAACUUUUUUCAUAUAUUGCAAACAUGUGCUUGAUAUACACGAUUUAUUCUAUUUAUGCAUAUAUAAACGUAAAGAUUUCAGCAACUGAAUCUCUUUCAAGCAAAUCAUAAAAAGGUAAUAUGAACGUAUAUUUCCAGACCGGUUAUGUUUUGGUUCUUCAUGUAACACAAGACGAAGCUUUUCUAGGCUCCUCUUUCAUUAAAUGGGGUGUAUAACUAGUUUAGAUUAUUUAAUAUAGUGAACAGCAGUUACAUCGCAUUGCUGCAGUCUUAUUCUGAAAUACUUUAGUAGCAUUAAUAUGAUCAUUAUUGUAGAUUUGUUUGAUGUAUUAGAUAUUAAUUGAAACAUUUGGAUUA